UCGGAUAAUUAGAGCUCUCGAGCGUCGGGGUGCAGUUGCACGCACGUCGGGGCUACGAACGUCGCGGGGAGGCGAGUUGCGAGCCGAAGCUGCAGCGGCGGCGACGACGGCGCCCGUCGAAGCUCGCAGCUCGCGAGGAAGCGAGAAACGGGGGAGGAAGUCCGGAGGGCGAGCGCGAAGAGGAGCAGCGAGCAGCAGCGCCACCUGGGCCGCGGCGGCAGGGGCAGCCCUCUCGGCGGGGCCGAGACACACUAACCGGGGCCGCUCUGCGCCUGUGCGUGACGUAGGUCGCGCAGCUCGCGACUGCUCGUGACUGCUGCGCUCUGGCGCGCUGCGCUCCGUGUGUGCGUAAUCCUGCGCGCCUUCCUCCCCAUCUCGAGCGAGGGGUUGCUCGAGAGCUGCUCUCUGCCCGGAUCUCUCCGUGCUUUCACUCUCGCGCGUCCUCGUCGUCGACGCAGCGCCAGUUGACUGUGCAGUGCCACCAUUUUCUCCGGAGUCGACAUCUCCUGCUGCUGCCGCUACCGUUGUUGCUGCUGCUGCUGCUGCCUGCUGCCAGCGCCGUUAUCGUGGCCUCUCUGGCCGACUGCGCUCCCUCGCCCUUCCGCUCGGGCUGCUCCUUUGUCGGAGCUGCGCGACCCCUCGCCGAGCUGCCAGUCAGCCCAGAUCGGCACGCUGAAAGCUCUACCAGCAGUGGCAGCGGCAGCGUCUGCGACAUGGCCGUCAAGUCGCAAGCCGCCAAAUGCGCCAGCAGCAGUUGUCCGAAGUGGUCGACGACGAGCAUUGCCGCUUGGACGGCCGAGACGUUGACGCUCGCUUCUAGAUAGAAAACUAGCCAGCUUCCCAGUCGAUCGAGCUUGGCGAGUGCAGCUUGCUCUCCAAUGGGAGCAACCAAGCCCGAGUCUCGCCGCACCUGGGUCGUCUAACGUGAUCCAAAGACUAGAGAGAAAAUAAGCAAAACAGAAACAGAAACAAAACGAAAAAUUGGCAGUGGCCGGCCAGAAAAACGAGUGAGUGGGCGAACGGCCACGGCGGUGGGUCGAUGAUCAUCGAUCGGUCUUAUCUCGGAGGUAACGCGAGUCAAGUGUAAGUAGCGUUCGGUGUGAGAAAAGACGGACAAGGCGGACGAAGGGUGGCGAAGCGACAAGAUGCCGGAGACAAUCGAGGUGCGGUAAUCGCGCGAUAACUUGGUGUACGACUGACGGGAAAAGUUGCGAAAAUUACGAAAACAAGGCGAAAGAAGCAAGGCAAAGCAAUGGCGGAGAGCGCGGCCAGCCCUGGCAAGGCUGGCGGCAGCGGCAGCGCCAACGCCAACGCCACUGCCAGCAGUCCCCAGCAAGUGGGACCGACCACGGCGACCGCGUCGCCGCCCCCGCAGCCGCCGCCCCCGCAACAGCAGCAGCAGCAGCAGCAGCAGAGCUCGCAGCCACCAGCCGACAUCAGCAGCUCGCAGCUCUCCUCGCCCCCCAUCACCGGCACAGCCCAGAUCGAAAUAAUCCCGUGCAAGGUUUGUGGUGACAAGAGCAGCGGCGUCCACUAUGGGGUGAUAACGUGCGAGGGCUGCAAGGGAUUCUUCAGGCGGUCGCAGUCCUCGGUGGUCAACUACCAGUGUCCCCGGAAUAAGAACUGCGUGGUCGAUCGGGUCAACAGGAACCGGUGUCAGUACUGUCGGUUACAAAAGUGCCUAAGGCUUGGCAUGUCCAGAGAUGCCGUCAAGUUCGGACGCAUGUCCAAGAAGCAGAGGGAAAAGGUCGAGGACGAGGUGCGGUUUCACAGGGCCCAGAUGAGAGCGGCCUCGGAGACAGCGCCCGACAGCAGUGUGUUCGAGCACCAGACGCCCAGCAGUUCGGACCAACACCACAGCUACAACGGAGGUUACGCGUACGGCAGCAACGAGUACGCGUCGCCGGGCCCCGGCACCGGCAGCUCCACCUACUACAACGCCGCAAUGACCAACUACGAGCUAAGCGCCGACUACGUGGACAGCACGACGGCCUACGACCCGAGGCCCACGCCCACGCAGGUCGACCAAGUCGCCGCCGACACGGUGUCCGUCAAUGCCCAAGGCAUGCUGCCCAACAUGGUGGGCACCGGCUCGGAAUCGGUGAGCGAGGUGAUGGUGAGGCUGGUGGCGGAGGCGCACGCGAAGACGAGCCCCAUGCAGCCCGAGCAGAUCCAGGAGCUGUUCCGUAGGGGCCAGAGCCAGGACAUCGCGAGAGUGGUGGCCUACAAGAGCAUGUCGCACGAACAGCUGUGGCUGGAGUGCGCCGAGCGGCUGACCACCAUGAUCCAGGGCAUCAUCGAGUUCGCCAAGAUGGUGCCAGGCUUCAUGAAGCUGUCCCAGGACGACCAGAUAGUGCUGCUCAAGUCCAGCUCGUUCGAGCUGGCGGUGAUACGGAUGAGCAAAUACAUCGACUUGAGCACGGGUAACGUGCUGUUCGCGGAGGACGGCCUGAUGCUGCCGCAGGACGCCUUCUACACGCAGGACACCGCGGAGAUGAAGCUGGUCACGUGCGUGUUCGAGCUGGCCAAAUCGAUCGCCGAGCUGAAGCUGAGCGAGACGCAGCUGGGCCUGUACAGCAGCCUGAUCCUGCUGAGCCACGAUCGGCCGGGCCUGAAGGGCGUGACGGACGUGCGGCGGACCUACGACCUGGUGCUGCGCUCGCUCAAGGGCGAGCUCGAGCGAAUGCACAUGAUGCCGCUGAAGGGCGACGUGACGGUCUUCGACGCGCUCAUCGCCAAGAUCUCGCAGCUGAGGGACGUCAGCCACAUGCACAUGGAGGCGCUGGCCAAGUUCAAGCGCUCGCAGACCCACCUGGAGUUCCCGGCGCUCCACAAAGAGCUGUUCAACCUCGACAGCUGAACGCGCCCCGGCCAGUCGGGCAGCGCUCGCGUCGCGGCCGCCGAGCACCACCACCACCACCUGCUCCUGCUCCCGUCACCCCCCGCCUCACCCUCGACCUUCAUUGCACGGGGCCUUGCUCUGUCGAGAUUAUCUCCUUCGAUUAUUCAACGUAUUGGGCCUUAAAUAAACAUAAUAAUAUUGUUAUUAAGUAUAAGCAGAGAGCAACAUAAAGUAUAUAUAUAUAUAUAUAUAAGGAGGAAAAUAUAUUACAUAUAAAUAUAUAUAUAUACAUAUAUAAGAUAUGUAUACGCAUACAAAUAUAUAUGUAUAUAUGCAUAAAAAUGUAACGAUGAUCGAUAUAUUUAUAUAUUUGUAUGUAGAUAAGUUAUCGGUUGUUAUCGACAAACACCUUAAGUGUGUUUAUACACAAGUUAUGGACUAACGUUAACCUUAUAAGAUGCACUUGCGGACGCUAGGGUGAUCUCAAAGCAAUCCUUCUUCGUUCUUUCUUUCUUUCAAGCACUGAGGCGCGCCGUCGCGAAAGCUUUUCAUUGUCGUUGACAAUUCCGACUGAGCGGACUGCUGCCGCCACAUUAUCGCUCUCGGCUCUAUAUGCCGGGUGGUCGACACUCGUCAGACGUACAGACAGACAAAGAGAGAGGGAGGGAGAGGGACAGGGGGAGAGAGAGAGAGAGAGAGAGAGAGAGAGAGAGAGAGAGAGAGACUAUCACGAAAAACGCUGAUUUUUUUUCUAUUGUUAAUGGUACCAUUAUUAUCGCUAUUAUCAUUACUACUAUCAUUCUUGUUAUUAUUAAUACUAUGAUUAUCGUUACUAUUACGGCUAUUAUCAGUACUAUUAUUACGAUUACUAUUAUUGAAAGCGCGCGAGUUCGGCUACAUACGAGAGCAAUUGCUAUAGAACGACGGAACGGCUCGCUCGCUUCGACCGCGGCUCGUCAAUAAUUUCAAGCGGUUCCAAUGAUAUUCGACUGCGUGCUCUCGCAGAGGGCCGCGCUCAGCGAUGCUUUUUGUCUUGAGAUCUCUCUGGCAGCAGCGAACACGAUUUUAACGACGACGGAACAAACGAAACAAACGACUCGACACGCGCACGCACACACGCACACACACACACACACACACAGCGACCCACACGGACAGGUGACUCCAGCGAGACGCGGAGAAAUUAGGCUAAUCGCGAAUCACGUCUCUUAUUAGCCGUAGCGUAGCGUAGUCGAAGCGUCGAGGAGGACUGUGAACGAAUUUAGCCGAUACUGUACUAGGGAGAUUUGGUUGGCGCGUGGGCGCACUUUUUAGCCUUUCUAUCGACAUGCUUGAACAAAUGAAAAAUACAACUUCCUAUUCUCGCUAUACCGUGGACACUAGGAUACACACAGCGAGCGUAAGAGAUUAGCUAGGGCAUGAAUAAAACGACCACCCUGUGCGACGACCGACUCGCUUUCCGGAUUCUUAGCCUUAUCACGAACACCUCGUAGGACUACCUACUAACCGAUAUUCUCUGUUCAUCCUUGCAUUAACACUCGGACUCGUAGUUUUUCUGGAAUCUGGUAUUCCGCCAAACGCAAAGUUUAGAUCUGUAAUGCCACACACUGAAUGUACAAAGAUUUAUAUGUAAAUUCCUUUUAAACGUACGACUACAACUAUUGUAUUGCGAGUAACUUAUCGAUACUUAUUCGAAAACAUUAUAUACGUAUACGGUACUCGAGCACCUUACGGCAACUGUCCCCCUUGUCCGCGAUUGUUUUCUCGAGCGCUCGCUCUCGUCAGUAUGGAAGCGCGCCGGCUCAAUCAAUCAAAACGCCUCACCCUCUGCAGAACCUGCGCCCCCUCCUCGCCCCUAUAGAGCCCCUUCUCUUCCUUUCCUUCGUCACAGAUGUACAUAUCGGUUACACGAAUGCAUGCGGUGGUUUACAUAGCUGUGAUAAAAAUAAGCUAAUAUUUCUUUGUAGCCGGCGAAACGAAAGGCUGCCACGGUCGACCGAUUGAUCGGCCGACACGAUCCAUCGAUCGGCCGCCAGCGUUCGCCUUCUCCGAUUUCCUUCAUUGAAUAAUCGAUACACGCAAGUUACAUCAUUUACAUAGUCUAAUUGCCGCUCUGUUAUUUAAUUUUAGAUAGUACUAACAGCAGAUGUACGUUAUAGUUGAUAGACUUGAAAUUGGCAUCGACGGGUCGCAUUGGCAGACAGGUCGCGAGCUGUGCUCGAAGCAACGGCGCGAUGCGUAUAGUUGAGGCACCCACCUGUAGACAACACGGGCGAAACUGUCGUUUGGUUGAUUUGCGCCGGAAAACGAGUCGUCGGCACUUGCGCGAGUCAGUGACGCGAGGCAAAGCUCGAAGCUCACGGCCGGGACAAAGUAGCAAAUCGAUACCGUGCAUCCGGACACCCUCGUCAUCACCAACAUUAUUCAUAAAGCUGCAUUAUUGUGAUAUCACGAUGAAUGGAGAGUGACGAAAGGACAGGCAAUUUACGAAGGAUCGUUCAGGCGCCAUGUAAAAAGCUCGCAAUCCAACGUUACGCAGUGAACGCAAACACACAUAUGUAAUGUAACAAACAGUUAAACAUGCAAGUUAUGUUCGCACGUGUAAUAUACACUUACGUACAAAGCGUACAACAAAUAAUGGACAUGAUAAAUAUAUAACAUGCGAAUAGAAAAGAAGACAAGAUACAGUGAAAAGCGUACAAGUGCGUAAUAAUUAUAUAUUGUAGUUAUAGUAAAGAUAAGUAGAAGAAAUUUGUAAGAAGACAAAAUGCGAAAUGAAUAAGACGAUGCGCAAACUAAUACAUUAAUGUUAAAUAACGACGAAAGAGCUGAGGCGCAACGUUCACAUUAUUAUUAUUAUUAUUAUUAUUAUUAUUAAUAUUAUUAUUAAUAUUAUUAUUAUUAUUAUUAUUAUUAUUAUUAUUAUUAUUAUUAUUAUUAUCAUUAUCAUUAUUAUAUUUUUAUCAUUAUUAUCAUCAGUAAAAAAUAUAGACUUUACUUAUCUUUAGAAGAAUUGCCUGACAUUACAAAUAUUGAUGAAUGAUUAAUAAAAACGGGAAAAGCUGGAAACGAGGCAUGCUUAUUGGUGUGUGGUUGCGUGCGAGAAAUAUGUUAACAAUUGAAAAGGCAUGAUAGUCGAGGGCGACACGCAGUGCAUAAGCACGCAGCGAUGAGCAAAACGGCUCGCAAGCAGAGGCGAGGAUUAUAAUACAGGCAAGAAAACAAAUAAUAUACAAGCAAAGAAGAUAUUGGCGCUCGUAACAAGCAACUUAGAUUUAAUGAAUUAAGAAACAAAGUAUAUUAUAUAAUACAGUACACACGUUGCAACUAGAAGUUAUUAAUGCAAUUUGGAGUUAAAUUUUAUAUCGUAUAUAAUAAAUGAAAAGUUGACGGAUAAUAUUUAAAAGAGAAAGAACGUUAUAAGCCUACAAGCGAAGGAUUGUGCAGCACUUGGGAACGGCGAAUGUUAAUUGUCUUGUUAUUGUAGUGCCCUGUUUUUAGUCACGCAUUAGGCUCGUUGUUGUUGUUAUCACGUUCAAAUAAUUCUAUUUGCAUAUGACCAACCGACUCGUCGAUAGGCGUUCGCGCGCGCAACUCUCACCAGCUUCACUGUCCCGCGCAUUUCCUUCUUUUCCAACUGGUCGACUCGCUGACGCGAUCGUUGUGACUUUCUAUUGUGAAGUACCUAUCUAUAUUGCUAUGUUGAAAUUUUUUCGAUUAUAUAUUAUUCGUCAUAUGUAUUCUAUCAGAGGUUGUUUCUAUCACCCCCCCCCCCCGCCCGAAAUUUACAUUGUCAUCGUUGCUUGUACGCGAGCAAUCAAGCAGGCACAAUUCUUCGUGUGUGAGGUCUAUAUUCACACGAACGUGCGCAUUGCGCAUAUAUAUAUAUAUAUAUAUAUAUACAACAUAAAGACGAAGUUUAUUACCGAAUGAAAAAGGUAAUGAACAAUAUCGUACUGACUAUCAAGGAUAUAUAUACACAUAUAUAUAUUGCGGGUCAACGAGACGAAACAAACAAAUAGUAUAUUCGGCAAGACGCACGUUCGCGCGACCAAGUUGAUUUAGCUUUAAGAUACUAGUAUUCAUUGAAAGAAAACAAGCGUUGAUAUUAUACCAUAUUAUUUUGCGCGAUGGCUCUCGAAUACGGAAAAUUAACUGAAUGUGCCGAGGGUUAUUAUUUUGAAAGAGAAUCGACGUAGAUUUUUCUAAGAAAGGCAAAUCUUACUUUUCAUCAGCAAACGCAAUAACCUAAAAUUUUAUCCGAAUACGAAACAAAAAUGUGGCCUUGGACACUUUUCAAUGUGCUAUAUAUGAUUUUAAAUAAGGGCGGUACAUAUGUAAAUAGAAGAGCCGAGUACGAGAUGUAAAAUACUUGUAUAAGUUUGUGAAUAAAUGGAAAAUGGCUAACGCGAUAAAACAUAGAGAAAAAGAAGAUAAGCGACUCUCGCGCGCAUACCGAUCGACGAAUAAUACUUUUGAGAGCCAUCACGUAAGACACUCAAAACAAUUUAGACUUACACAUCACUUUCAUUAUUCUGUACUUGACAAUGAAACUGUAAAUUAUUCAUUUGUAACGCUGAGAAUGCAAACGAGAACUCACUCUCGGACGACUUACUUUUUCAUUUUCUCAAUCGAAUGACUUAGACUGUUAUGGUAGGUUCAAUCAUUCGUUCAAAUGGAUAAUUGUAGAACACAGCGAUCGGAAAUGAAGACGAAUACUUAAGGGCGCAUACAGACAAACGUGUUGAGGGAUGCGCUUAUUGUUUACAAUUUUUUAAGUGAAUUUUAUCAAAAAUAAUUUAGACAAGCAUUAUAUUUAGUCAAAAUUAUAAAUUUGCCUUUUGUAUACUAUUAUUCGUGAGAUAAUAAAUAGAAACGUACUGAUUAUAAAAUUUAAUAUGAGGCGAGAAUAGAGAGACAAUUUGAGAAAAAAAGUGUGUGAACGCGAGAAAUCGUGAAAUCGGCCUGAUUUUUAAAUUUGUAUCUUAUCAGCAAAAAAAAAGAAAAAAAAAGAAAAUCUAUAUCUACGUGCAUUGUUCUACAGAUCCUGCGACCCCUGCGCUAUAUAUCAUUUCAAACUUUACAGCCGGAAUAAUGAUGUGCAUGAAA